ACAUAUCUCACAUUCCUUAGCGGAUCCGGAUCUCCAACUGCGGUAAGCGGAUAUUUCAUAACCCGACUCGAAUCCGGACCACUGCUCUCCCCGGUUACGUGCCCUAGAGCUGCGGUAGCAGCGUAAAAUCAGUCGGCAAUUGUGUAGCUUUGAAUGAAGAAAGGGAGGGAAUUCCUUCUCCAAAUCUCGCGCCGUCGUCAUUCGACCUCCUCUCAAACCGUAAAAAUGGAUUCUUCUUCAUCUUCUUCACCAUCGGAUCGAUACAGCUUCAAUCCUAAGCUUCAAUGGAAUCCUGAGGUCGAGGAGUACCUCGUCAAGGCCUAUGGCGCUGAGCACUUCGCUCGGAUUUCCAAAUCGCUAACUCACCCAUCUAGUUACUCUUGCAUUCGGGUGAAUACUCUCAAGUCCAUAAGCGAUAACGUUAUCACGAAGCUGAUGAAAAUUCUAGAUGAAAAGAAGUUCUCCUCUAGAACAAGUCGUAUGGACAUAAGGGAACAUGGUGCUAUAGAUGAAGUUGAUCAAGGGAAUUUUGACAAAACUCCUGAGCUUGGUACGACAACAAGAUUUGGGGACAUGAAUAACUCAACAAGAGAGUUACAAAUCCCUUCUAUUUAUAAGUGUGAAUACCCUGGUCUAGAUAACGUUGUGUUUGUUAAAGGUUCUGGCCCGCAUGAGUUACAUUAUGGUGAUCAAGCUGCUCAGCCGUUGAAGGAAAUAAUUGUGAGCCGUAAAUGUGCUGAGGCAGUUCUUCGAGGUGCUCAGGUUUUUGUUCCUGGUGUUUUGGCUUGCAGUUCACAUGUUGAAAAAGGAGAUGUAGUUGCAGUUUCAGUAGCUGUGGAACAGCCAGGGCCUGAUGGUAAAUGGGGAUUUGGCAUAACACGUGGAAUUGUUCUGCAAGGAAUUCAGUCAGAUCCUCAAUAUCAUGAAAGGAGUGGCCUCUACAUUGGGCAAGGGACAGCAGUAAUGUCAAGGGCUGGUAUCUUUCGUGCUUCAAAAGGAGUUGCUGUGGAAAUGAUAAACAGAAUCUAUGAACUUCCUUCCUUCUAUGAUGUGCUUCAAGGAGAAAUAUUUCUGCAGAAUUUGCCCAGUAUAGUUGCUACUCGUGUUCUAGAUCCCCAAGAAGGUGAGCGCAUAUUGGACAUGUGUGCUGCUCCAGGUGGAAAAACAACUGGAGUUGCUAUUCUCAUGAAGGAUAAAGGAGAGGUUAUUGCUAACGAUAGAUCUCACAAUAAGGUGAUGGAUAUAAAAAAGUUGGCUGCUGAAAUGGAUUUGACUUGUAUAAAUGCAUCCAAGCUUGAUGCUCUCAAAUCUGUUUGUCAGAGUAAGGAGACAAAAAAUGUAGAUAUAAAGGAUAGAAACAGUGAUGAAUUAGAUGUUGCAGUCAAAAACUCAGGAUAUCUAGGAUCUCGAAAUGGCGAAGCGAUCACCUGCUCAGCAGAUACAUACAAAACUGAUGGAUUCACUGAAAAUGCCAGCAGUGGAAAAACAAGUAAUGGAAGAUAUCUAAGCAAAGCCGACCUUAGGAAAGAUGCACGCAGAAUGAGAAAUGGGCCGGGAAGAAAUUGUAUGGGUGCAAGAGUUGAAAUUUCAAAGGGAUAUAUGCCUAAUAGUUUCGACCGGGUUCUUCUUGAUGCUCCGUGUUCUGCCCUUGGUCUUAGACCUCGAUUAUUUGCUGGGGAGGAAACAUUAGAGUCUUUGCACCAUCAUGCGAGGUAUCAGAAAAAGAUGUUUGAUCAGGCCAUUCAACUAGUUCGCACCGGCGGCGUUAUUGUGUACUCAACUUGCACAAUAAACCCUGGGGAGAAUGAGGCUUUUGUUCGAUAUGCUUUGGAUAAAUACAAAUUUCUCUCACUGGCACCGCAGCACCCAAAAAUUGGAGGGCCUGGUCUCAUUGGUCACUGUGAGCUCUAUGAUGGGAAAUAUGAGGAAUGGUUAACUGAAAGUGAAGCAGAACUUGUUCAGAGAUUUGAUCCCUCGUCUUCAGUUGACACCAUUGGUUUCUUCAUUGCGAAAUUUAAUGUUGGCCAGAAAGAUAUUUAAGUGAAAGCAAUGUCCAUACUCUGCUUGAUGGCUGUCUUGUGCAAAUCCCUUCAAACAUCCAUCAGAUUAUUGCACUCUACAGUGAGAACUUAAUGGGACGAAAUUACAGCUGAAACUUUGCAGUUUGAAAAAUCAGAGGCAAUUAGUUCAUUUUGGAGGGAACUCUUAGAUGGCUUGAACAUCAAAACGGUUUAUGUACCAAACUCUCCUUGUAGGCAGUAAUAUAUCCUAGCAAAGUAGCAAGGAUCAAAGUAUUGGAGGAAGAAUGAAAAGUGUCAAGGUGCCUUCCUGCAGGCAUGGUAUUAAGUGCACAAGCAAUUUGGUGCGUAUUCAAUUUUCUUCCAUGAAUGAAUUUUUUUUGUAAAACUAAAUUUAUUAGUAAAACUAGGAUACAGAUCCAUCUGCUUGUCUAUUUAAGCUUAAUUAAAUGAGAAUCAUGUAUUCAUACUACCAACUGAAGUCCGUUUGUUUUUCUUUUUCGAGUUAAAUAAGUGAUUUUAUAGAGAAAUAUGUUUGCCUCUGGAUUGAUAAAGCUAUUUUGAUUGAAUAAAAAGGCAUCUGUAAUUGGAAAUAAUUAUUCC